AUGUCCUUGGAAAGAGAAAGUGUGGGGCUCAUGCCUCAAGUUAAUCUGGGUAAUGCUUCAGUAGACCCAAGAUCCCAACUACUACAAGAAAUGAGGGAACAAAAUUUUGAUUUGAUCAGAUUUUCAUCCUAUCGGACUUCAUGCAAACUGCGCUAUGUACAGAAGAAAUGUAACUUACACGUAAUAGACAUUUGGAAUGUGAUAGAAGCAUUCAGGGAAAAUGCCUUAAACACACUAGAGCCAAAUGCAUGUGUUAAUGUAACCAGGCUAGAGACCCUUGUGUCAUCACUUUAUCAUAACCUAAAUAAAAGGUUACCACCUGCCCAUCAAGUGUCCGUGGAGGCAUGCUCAGCUUUAUUAUUAAAUUGGUUGCUAUCAGCCUACAGUACUGGAGACAAUGUGGGCAAAAUCAGAGUUUUUUCAAUUAAAGUAGCAUUAGCAACAAUGUGUGCAGGGAAGCUAAUGGACAAAUUAAGAUACAUAUUCUCGCAGUUGUCAGAUGGCAACGGUCACCUGUUGAUGAAGAGGCUAUCAGACUACCUGCGUGAAGUCUUGGCCCUCCCGGCUGCUGUGUACGAGUCGCCAUCCUUCAACUACAAUGACACUCUGGCGCUGUCCAUUUUCAACCAGAAUGGAAAAAUAACGGUGAACGACUUUUUGGACACGUUGAUGUCGGAUCCUGGACCUCCAUGCCUGGUCUGGUUGCCUCUACUCCACCGUUUAGCAAGCGUAGAGAAUGUGGUCCACCCGCUCGCGUGCAGCGUGUGCCGCCGCGGCUCGCUCACCGGCUUCCGCUACCGCUGCACCAGGUGCGCGGGGUACACCCUGUGCCAGGACUGCUUCUGGCGCGGCCGCACCUCGCCGCCGCACACCAAUGACCACGAGGUCAAGGAGUACGCGGCAUACAAGUCGCCCUCGAAGCAGAUCGGCGCCACGCUGCGCAAGUCGUUCCGCUGCGUGCCGGAGCGCGCCCGCCCGCAGCUGCCGCGCUACCCCGACCAGCCGGAGCGCACGCUCAACCUCAGCCACAUCGUGCCGCCGUCGCCAGUGCCAGCACACAACGGCUUUCCAGAAUAUGUCAGUGGAUACGUCAACACUGGAUCCCUGGACUCACGUUCUUCCAGAUCGACCCAUCGAAGCAUAGUGGAUCAUCUAUCGCGCGGAGUUGACGAUGAACAUCGACUGAUAGCGAGAUAUGCCGCUAGACUGGCCCAUGAGAACAGAACUAUGCCUCGUGCCGGUCGAUCUGCCUCCUUGACACCUGAGUUGGGUCGGUCGUCUUCGGAAGGGUCUGAGGUUGACGCGGCGAGACAGCAACGAGAGUUAAUUUCCCAGUUAGAGGCUAAGAAUAGAGAGAUUAUGAGGGAAAUAGCAAGGCUCAGGCAACAAGAAGCUGAGGCGAACGCUGGUGCCUCUGCGUCGGGCUCCGCUCCACCGCUGGUUUCAGAGCUGAGGGCGCUACGCCAGCGCAAGGACGAGCUGGAGGGCCACCUCUCCUCGCUCCAGGAGUCGCGCAAGCAUCUGAUGCAGCAGCUCGAGGGACUCAUGAGGAUGCUCAAGACGCAGCAGUCAUCGCCGCGCUCCACUCCGAACUCUUCGCCGCGCUCCACGAAGAGUCCUCCGCUGCCCGGAUCACAACCGCAGCCCUCCGCCCCUGAGAGGGAAUCUGGCGGGCGAGUUCGCAGCGCACCGCAAACGCCCUCACUCGGCGAGCGCGAACGGAUCGACAUGACCCACAGCCUUGGUGGAAUGGACAGUAUGGGUAAUGACGGUCGAAGUUUUCAUCAAAAUCAACGACCUACUACAAUGGGCAUAGACAAUCGCACUCUACGCAGCGACCUUCUAUACGCGGCGGACUCCGUCACCAACGCCAUGUCAACACUAGUGCGUGAACUAAACUCUGAGGGUUCUGACACGGAGGACACAGUCAAAGGAGGUAUGGAGGCUAGAAAACAAAGAGAUUUUGAGGAGGACGAUGACAGCGACGAGCCAAUGCCGCGGCCGCAACCGCCCCGCCAUUACGUGCACGAAGCAGGCCUCCAGAAUGUUACACAUAGCGUAAUUACACAGUCC